AUGGAUCUAUUUCUUCAAUUAAGUUCCAUUGCAAUCGUCUUUUCAAUAAUAUAUCUCUACAAUGCAUUGCUUAGAAGGUCAAACGGUACUGAAGUUAGCAAGAUUAGAAACGCUCCUGAACCGGCUGGUGCAUGGCCAAUUAUUGGCCACCUGCACCUAUUAGGUGGUGGUGAUCAGCUUCUUUACAGAUCACUUGGAGCAAUGGCUGAUAAAUAUGGGCCUGCAUUCAGCGUCCGCCUCGGGAAUCGUUAUGCCUUUGUUGUUAGUAGUUGGGAACUAUUUAAGGAAUGCUUCACAACCAAUGACAAGGCGCUAGCUUCACGUCCUACAACAACAGCAGCAAAGCUCAUGGGCUAUGACUGUGCUGUGUUUGGAUUUGCACCUUACAGCCCUUUCUGGCGUGAGAUGCGAAAAAUUGCGACACUUGAACUUCUUUCAAACCGUCGGCUUGAGAUGCUCAAGGAUGUUCGGAUUUCUGAAGUUGACAUGAGCAUAAGGCAUCUAUAUAGUUUAUGGGCUAAGAACAACUCUCUCCCUGUGCUUGUUGAUCUUAAAAAGUGGUUAGAAGACAUGACACUUAAUAUGGUUGUGAGAAUAGUGGCUGGAAAACGUUAUUUUGGUACAUCUGCUGAUUCUGAUGAAGCAAGACACUGCCGAAAGUCAAUUAGUCGGUUCUUUCAUUUGAUUGGCAUUUUUACGGUCUCAGAUGCACUUCCGCACUUUGGGUGGCUAGAUUUUCGGGGCCAUAAAAAGGCAAUGAAGAAGACGGCCAAGGAUUUGGAUGCUAUACUCGAAGGCUGGCUGGAGGAGCAUCGGCAAAGAAGAGUUUCUGGGGGAAUCAAGACCGAGGGUGAGGAGGACUUCAUUGACGUCAUGCUGUCACUUCAGGAGGAAGGAAAACUCUCAAAUUUUCAGUAUGAUGAAAAUAUUGGUGUCAAGUCUACCUGCCUGGCACUUAUCCUCGGUGGUAGUGACACCACAUCAGGCACGCUUGCAUGGGCCAUCUCAUUGCUUCUAAAUAACCGCCAGAUGUUGAAGAAGGCGCAAGAAGAAUUGGACCAAAAAGUUGGUAUGGAGCGGCUAGUUAAUGAGUCGGACAUUGAAAACCUGGUUUAUCUGCAAGCCGUCAUCAGAGAAACCCUCCGCUUAUACCCUGCUGGUCCGCUCUUAGGACCACGGGAAAGUAUGGAAGAUUGCACUCUUGAUGGUUACCAUGUUCCAGCUGGUACUCGAUUAGUUGUAAAUGUAUGGAAAAUUCACAGGGAUCCAAAGGUUUGGCCAAACCCAUCUGCUUUCCAACCAGAGAGAUUUCUGACAACCCAUGCAGAUGUUGAUGUUAGAGGUCAAUCUGGACUCGUUCCUUUUGGCUAUGGUCGACGCUCGUGCCCAGGUGUGACAUUUGCGCUCCAAAUUCUUCACCUAACACUUGCUCGACUCCUUCAUGCAUUUGAACUGGUAACCCCUUUGGCUCAGCUUGUUGACAUGACAGAGAGUCCAGGUUUAACCAUUCCAAAAGCCACACCAUUGGAGGUUCUCCUUAAACCUCGCCUCCCUGCCAAGCUCUAUGACUGAUUAAGUGUUCUUGAAGCUUGGAAAGUUUAGUUGAUGUAAAAGUGGAUAUGAUAAGUGCAAUAAAUAAUUGGUACUCUAUACCAGUCCGGUGGUUUGCUUGGAGACUUUUUGGUUGACAAGUAAAUCCGAAACAUCCGGAUCUUCCCAAAUCCUACUACUGUUUCUUACAUUAUGUUAUGAUUAAGUGUAUUUUCCUGGCCUGAUGAAGGCUUUUACGGUUUAUAAUCCUUGAAACUAGCUGAUACAUACCUAUGAUGUAAUCAAAGGUAGGUUGGAUACAUCAGAUACAUGUGCAUUUAUGUUUUGAUUUGGAGCAUUGGAAUUUUCUUGGUUAUUAAAAGUCCUGUUAAAUCUGCCAGAUUUACUUCUCCUUAUAGACAAAGGUAGAUAA